AUGGGACCAGCCAGGUCUGAUACCAGGGAUGGAGAGAUGGGACCAGCCAGGUCUGAUACCAGGGAUGGAGAGAUGGGACCAGCCAGGCCUGAUACCAGGGAUGGAGAGAGGGGACCAGCCAGGCCUGAUACCAGGGAUGGAGAGAGGGGACCAGCCAGGUCUGAUACCAGGGAUGGAGAGAGGGGACCAGCCAGGCCUGAUACCAGGGAUGGAGAGAGGGGAUCAGCCAGGCCUGAUACCAGGGAUGGAGAGAUGGGACCAGCCUGGUCUGAUACCAGGGAUUGUGGGACUGGGGCUGGGAGCAGAGAGGAUGAUGCUGGGGCUGGAAAGAGGACUAGGGUUGAGUUUGGGGCUGGAAAGACGACUAGGGUUGAGGCUGGGCCUGGAAAGACGACUAGGGUUGAGGCUGGGGAUGGAAAGACGACUAGGGUUGAGGCUGGGGCUGGAAAGACGACUAGGUUUGAGGCUGGGGCUGGAAAGACGACUAGGGUUGAGGCUGGGGCUGGAAAGACGACUGGGGUUGAGGCUGGGGAUGGAAAGACGACUAGGGUUGAGGCUGGGGAUGGAAAGACGACUAGGGUUGAGGCUGGGGAUGGAAAGACGACUAGGGUUGAGCCUGGGGAUGGAAAGAGGGCUAGGGUUGAGGCUGGGGCUGGAAAGACAACUUGGGUUGAGGCUGGGGCUGGAAAGAGGGCUAGGAUUGAGGCUUGGGGUGUUAGUGGGGUAGCAGUGUGGGGAGGAGCUGGGAAUAAAUGGUCAGAGGGUGAGAGUUGGAGUGGAAAUGCUGUGGAGAUGACUAGCCAUACUAGUGGCUGUGUUAGAACUGAUUCUGGGUCUGUGGUAGCCAGCGAAUCCAAGUCUGAAUCCAGAGGUCCAGUGAAGGACAGGUGUGGGUCCGGCGUCAGCGAGUAUAAGCGAGUGGUGCGUAUGCGCCGUGAGGUGAGGAAGGCCACCUCUCUGUUCCUGGUGUUGUUCCUGUUUAUGCUGUGCUGGCUGCCUCUCCACUUCCUGAACUGUGUUACGUUGAUGUGCCCGCGCUGCCACGUGCCCCUGCCCCUCACCCUGGCAGCCAUACUGCUGUCCCACGCCAACUCUGCCCUUAACCCGCUGCUCUACGCCUAUCGCAUGAGGUCCUUCAGACACACACUGAGGGCGCUCUGCUGCACACACACUGCAUGACACACACACACACACACACUGCAUGAUACACACACACACUGAGGGCGCUCUGCUACACACACACUGCAUGACACGACACUGCUUGACACACACACACACACACACACACACUGCAUGACCCAAUAUGGGCCCCCGAGUGGAUCAGUGGUCUAAGACACUACAUCUCAGUGCAAGAGGCAUCACUGCAGUACCUGGUUUGAAUCCAGGCUGUAUCACAUCCGGCCGUGAU